AUGGAAGCAACUCCUGUGGAGCUCGCCGGCGUCGAAGGGGUGCCAGAUGAAACUCCCCUUGUAUCGGAAGUUAACGUAGGCGAGACGACAACGGAAGAGGAUGACGACGACGGAGGGAGAGUGGUGAGAGAGCUGGUCAAAGAGCUGGAAGUUGAAAUUAGGACAGCUGAGGAAUUGCUUGGUAGGAUAGAAGCCGAGAUUGUGGGCACACUGCUCGAGGGGAGAGAGAGCAAGGAGGUGCUGCUGCUGCUGCUGCUGAUGCCGCCGAGAGUGCUGCUGAUGCUGAGAAGGCUCGUGGCCAGGCUACUCAGAGAUGUGCUGCUGGAAGACGACGUUGUCAAGCUGCUGGUCAAGGAAUUUCCCGAAAAGCUGGCCGAAGAGGUUCCAGAGCUGACCGUUGACGAGCUUCCUAGGCUGCCGGUGGACGAGCUAGUGCUACUAGCAGAUGCUGUGCUGCCGGUGUCUGCAGUAGAUGAGCUGAAGCUGGAUGUUGUGGGCGUAGCAGUGGUGCUUCCGCCGGAGCUUGAACUGCUUGAGCUUGAGGAAGUAGGACUGUCUGUGCUAGACGAAGCCGUGUCGGUGCUAGAGGAUGAAGAGCUUGUUAUUGUCGGUGCGUCGGUAGAUGAAGACGAGGUAGAAGAGGAUGUUGUUAGGAUUAAGGUAGUAGAAGAAUCAGUCGAAGUAGAAGAGUCGGUAGAAGUGGAGGAGGUAGAAGAGGACGUCGUAAGAGUAGGCAUGGUGGAGGAUGGUGAAGAAGACGAAGUUGAAGUGUGA